GAGGCUUCCCCCUGAAAGAGCUCAUUGUAGGGAGGGAUGAGAGUGUGUGCGGACCCCCUCCUCUUCCUCCUCAACUCCACUCAGCAGUGCGGGGAUUAAGAGAAGCAGCUCCGCUCAGUCACCACCGACAGACGGAGGGAUUGCAAUAAGCGUGAAUCAUGCUCGUCGUCAUUACUACCGGCUGGGAGUGGAGCCGAAAUUGUGCAAGAUACGGAUAACAGCUUUGGAGAGCUCCGUGCGCACCAAGUCUCGCUUCCAGGUUUCUUCCAUUUGCGCCGUGAAAAUGUCUCACCAGGAGACCCGCUGCUGCCGCCGCCGAAGCUGCUGCUCGGACCUUCUUCACCUUACAUGUGUUUUAUGUUGAAGAAGAAGAAGAAGGAGAAGUGACCUCGACAAACCUGUGAGGAGACAACCAAAUAAAAGAGGAUAUUUUCUCUCUUUUUUUCUCGCCGUGCGGAGAUUUUUUUCCUCAAGUGGACGAAGAAAGGAGUGAGGGGGGAGUAAGGGGAAAAAGUUGAGAGAGGAAACAUGGGGAACGCAGGGAGCAUGGACCAGCACACUGAUUUCAGGGGACACAACAUGCCUCUGAAACUGCCCAUGCCGGACCCAGGUGAACUGGAGGAGAGAUUUGCAAUCGUUUUGAACUCGAUGAAUCUUCCUCCAGACAAAGCGCGGCUGUUGCGGCAGUAUGACAAUGAGAAGAAAUGGGAACUAAUCUGCGAUCAGGAACGAUUCCAAGUGAAAAACCCGCCUCACACGUACCUCCAAAAGCUGAGGAGUUAUCUAGACCCCGCAGUCACCAGAAAGAAAUUCAGACGGAGGGUACAGGAGUCCACCCAAGUCCUGAGAGAACUGGAAAUUUCGUUACGGACAAAUCAUAUAGGGUGGGUGAGGGAAUUCCUAAAUGAAGACAACAAGGGCUUGGACGUGCUGGUGGAGUAUCUGUCCUUUGCACAGUAUGCCGUCACUUUUGAUGGCGAAAGUGUGGAGAACAACCCAGAGGCUGCGAUGGAUAAGUCUAAGGCCUGGAGCCGCUCUAUAGAAGACCUGCAUGGAGGAAGCACCCUGCCGUCUCCCAUCACUGGGAAUGGCAUCACCCGAGUCGGGCGACAUUCCACGUUACGUUGCAACACGCUGCCGAGCCGGAGAACGCUUAAAAACUCCAGGCUAAUCUGCAAGAAAGACGACGUCCACGUCUGCAUCAUGUGCCUGCGCGCUAUCAUGAACUACCAGUACGGCUUCAACAUGGUCAUGUCGCACCCACAUGCUGUGAAUGAAAUUGCACUAAGCCUCAACAAUAAAAACCCCAGAACUAAAGCUCUGGUUUUGGAGCUCCUGGCGGCAGUUUGUCUCGUGAGAGGAGGCCACGAAAUCAUUCUCUCUGCGUUCGACAACUUUAAGGAGGUAUGUAUGGAGGACCAGCGGUUUGAGAGGCUAAUGGAGUAUUUCAAGAAUGAGGACAACAACAUAGACUUCAUGGUGGCCUGUAUGCAGUUCAUCAACAUCGUGGUGCAUUCAGUGGAGGACAUGAACUUCAGAGUUCAUCUACAGUACGACUUCACCAAGCUGUGUUUGGACGACUACUUAGAUAAACUAAAACACACAGAGAGUGAUAAGCUGCAGGUCCAGAUCCAGGCUUACUUGGAUAACGUGUUUGAUGUGGGAGCUUUACUGGAGGACGCCGAGACCAAAAAUGCUGCCCUGGAGCGGGUGGAGGAGCUGGAGGAGAACAUGUCACAUAUGACAGAGAAACUGCAGGACAUGGAGAACGAGGCCAUGUCCAAGAUCGUGGAGCUGGAGAAGCAACUGAUGCAAAGGAACAAGGACCUCGAGUCCAUCAGGGAAGUCUACAAAGACACCAGCUCGCAGGUGCUCUCACUUCGGCAGAUGCUGAAGGAGAAGGACGAGGCCAUCCAGCGACAGAGCAACCUGGAGAAGAAGAUCCACGAGCUGGAGAAGCAGGGGACCAUCAAGAUCCACAAAAAGGGAGAUGGGGACAUCUCAAUCCUAACGUCCCCGCCCUCUGGGGUGGAGGGUGCUCUCACUGGAAGCAUCGCAGUUGUCGGUCCAAACCAUGUAGGAGGUGGAGCAGGCACAGCAGCUCCACCUCCACCGCCUCCACCACCUCCUCCACUCCCGGUGAACGGCACAUUGCCAAAUGGACCAUCAUCUGUAAUUCCAGCAGCAGCAGCGGCUCCACCACCUCCGCCGCCGCCGCCUCCUCCACCUCCCCCUCCACCCCCAGGACUCCCCUCAGAGAUAUCAGCCCCCAUGCCUCCUCCGCCUCCACCUGUAGCCCCCCCGCUGCCGGGCUGUGGGACGGCCACAGUCAUCAUGAACUCCGGGUUAGCAGAGGGACCCAUCAAACUUUUCUCUGUUAAGAUCAAGAAACCCAUCAAGACAAAGUUCCGUAUGCCCGUUUUCAACUGGGUGGCCCUGAAACCAAACCAGAUCAAUGGGACUGUCUUCAAUGAGAUUGAUGAUGAGCGGAUACUCGAGGACCUGAAUGUCGACGAGUUUGAAGAGAUGUUUAAGACGAAAGCUCAGGGCCCGGCGAUCGACUUCACCAUGAGCAAGCAGAAGGUGAUCCAGAAGUUGCCCAAUAAGGUGGCGCUGCUGGACUCCAACAGGGCAAAGAACUUGGCCAUCACACUGAGGAAAGUGGGGAAGACAUCAGAAGAGAUCUGCAAGGCCAUUCAGCUGUUCGACCUACGCACUCUGCCGGUGGACUUCGUGGAGUGUCUAAUGCGCUUCCAGCCCACAGAGAAUGAGAUUAAAGUCCUGCGGCAGUUCGAGAAGGAGCGCAAGCCUCUGGAAAGCUUGACGGAUGAGGACCGCUUCAUGAUGCAGUUCAGCAAGAUUGAGCGGCUCAUGCAGAAGAUGACCAUCAUGGCCUUCAUCGGCAACUUCACAGAAAGUGUGCAGAUGCUCACGCCGCAACUACAUGCAGUGAUUGCAGCAUCUGUAUCCAUCAAGUCAUCACAGAAGCUGAAGAAGAUUUUAGAGAUUAUCUUGGCACUUGGAAACUAUAUGAACAGCAGCAAAAGAGGAGCUGUAUAUGGAUUCAAGCUGCAAAGUUUAGACUUGCUGCUUGACACCAAGUCAACGGAUCGUAAGAUAACAUUGUUACACUACAUAGCCAACGUAGUAAAAGAGAAAUACACACAAGUUUCUCUCUUCUACAACGAGCUGCACUAUGUGGAGAAAGCUGCAGCAGUGUCGCUGGAGAACGUCCUGCUGGAUGUCAAGGAGCUGCAGAGAGGCAUGGAGCUGACCAAAAGAGAGUACAGCAUGCACGGCCACAACACCAUGCUCAAAGACUUCAUCACGCACAACGAGAGCAAGCUAAAGAAGCUGCAGGACGAUGCCAAGAUUGCACAGGACGCCUUUGACGAGGCGGUGAAGUUCUUCGGGGAGAACUCCAAAACCACGCCGCCAUCUGUCUUUUUCCCUGUGUUCGUACGAUUUGUUAAGGCCUACAGGCAAGCGGAGGAGGACAACGAGCAGAGGAAGAGGCAGGAGCAGAUUUUGAUGGAGAAACUCCUAGAGCAAGAGAUGAUGAUGGAGGAGGAUCAGAAGUCUCCGUCCCAUAAGAACAAACGGCAGCAGCAAGAGCUGAUCCAGGAGCUCAGGAGGAAGCAGGUGAAAGACAGCCGGCAUGUCUACGAAGGCAAAGACGGAGCCAUCGAGGACAUCAUCACGGAUCUGAGGAAUCAGCCUUACAGGCGGGCGGACGCCGUGCGGAGGAGUGUCAGGAGACGCUUCGAUGAUCAGAACCUGCGGCCGGUGAACAAUGGCGAAGUGGUCAUGUGACGAGGGAGAAGCGCAUGUGGAAGGGAGGGGAGGGACGGGGAGAAGGUGGCGGGGAUGUCAAGAGAGGGAGCGGCAGAAAGUAACGCAGAGUGAAGGAUGAUGAGUAUGUAUGUAUAUAUUACAUAAGAAUACACAAUAUUCUAUGUCUGUGCUAUAGCAGCAGCGUUUCACUAUGAAGGACUGGAACAUGUAUGGACUGACUCUGAAGUGUCUGAAAGGUCGAUUGAGAAACCUUAGACAAGCUAAGUGCCUGAAUAUUAUUUUUGUGGUCUUGCGUCACUUCGUCUUCUGUUUGUCUGAUGACUUAUUUUUUAAUAACCCCAACUUCAAGCAAUACAACUCGACUUGGCUUUAAUGUUAAGAUGUGUAAAACAAAAACUGGACAUGCAGUGGCCUUAAGAGCCACGUGAAAAGAUGUUACCUUGGAAACAUAAUGUAGAAUGUAUGGGAUGUGCUCCCUUUAGCUGUUACAAAUAUUACAUCUUGUAGCGAUGAGUUUGACACUCUGUGUCUCUGUACAUUCCGGUGCUCUUGUCCAUUCCUCUUAACCCUCAUGUUGUCCUGGUUUAAAGUUUGAAAAUGUGGGGGGGAAAAAAAUAUUUUCACAGUGAAACUAAUGAUGUCCACAUUUUCAACAUUUCUGGGAAAUGUUUAAACAUUUUUUGGUGGGAAAAAAAAAUGUUAAAAAUAUUUCUAAAGAAAAUUCACAAAAAAGUCAAACAAAAUCCAGCAAAUUUUGCUGAAUUUUGGUUUAUUUUAACGUGAAUGUUCUUAAAGAAAAUACUAGAAGUUUUACUGAUAUAUAUGUAAUCACUUUAGAUGUUUUUAGGAUUUUUUUUGGAAGAUUUUUACUCAUUUUUCAAAAAUAUUUACAAGAAUUUUCUUGCCAAAUUUGGGGGAUUUUAAAAAAAAUAAAACUUAAGGGAAACCGUUUAAGGAAUUAUUGGAAUUUUCUUCCUGAAGGUUUUGCAGAUUUUCAGGAAUUUGGGGGAUUUUUUGCAUUUUUUUUCAGACAAGGAAACAAUAUUUUUUGGUGCCCGUAAACAAAGACAACAGGAGGGUUAAACACAAACAUGCUCAACAUGAACAUCUCAUGAGGCUUCUCAACUAAAAGGGCUGAUGUGACAUGAAGGUAAUGAGAAUUAUAUUUGUGCUCCAGAAAGUAUGAGGUAUUAAAAGAAGGAAUGGAAAAAGACAUCAGAAAGUGCAAACCAGUCUAAUGUGAAUUUUACAUAAUUAUAGCACGAUGGGUCAAACUUGAUGAAGUCUGCUUACUUAAAACUCUACUCUCCAUUUGCAACGGUGCAUUUUUGUAGCAGCGCAGCAAUUUAUCUGGUUUUUGGGAACAAAGUAGGCUGAAAAAACAAGCCUACAAAGUAACAUAAAUACAUUUUCUAUCAAAUGUAGAAACUGCACGAACUCUAAAAAGCUCUACUGGAUGAUCUCAUCGUCAAAACUGGACACAACUUGUAUUUCUGUGAACGUUUUACAGGUUGAUAAUCUUCCAGGCUACUGUGUCGACUCACUUUACUGUAAUUUUAAUGUAUAGUAUUUAACCACUGAGAAGAUUCAUUUAAGCUCAUCUAAUGUGUCAUUAAAAACAUGACAAAAUAAAAGUAAACAACAAAAAACGUUUUCCUAAAUGUACAGAUAUUUUGCUACAAACUGUGUUUUUGUUUUUUUGUUUUUUACUUAAUUCACAUUACCAGAUGGUUAAUAUUGUACAUAUUGUUUAAACAAAAGUUUUCAUUGCCUUGUGCUAUACAACUUGAAUGUUAUUUUAACUUAUAGUUUUUGUUUCCGUUUGUGUAUAUUUAAUUAAGCCAAAUGCAGCGAGAAAUCCACAGUAGUGCUUAAAAUCAGAAUGUUUCACCGUUUGCUUUGUGGGAGUAUCACAGGUGCAGCGAAGCCAGGAAAGUGGCCGCACUAACCGUUUAAACUAGUUUCUAGUAGUUGACCUGUAAUGACCUGCGUCUGUGGCUUAGCGAUCCACCCUCCUGUCAUUGUCUCCACUGAAGCCUGUGAUGCCAUUCAGCUCUAUUUCUCUCAACUUCACUGUCUGUAAUAGCAGCAUUUCUCUAACUGGAUAAUACUGGCAUGUUUUUUUAUUUUUAAACUUUCACCAGAAAUGUAUUUUAGGCAGUUUGUGCUUAUUACAAAAAUAACAAGCUUUUUUUAAAUUAGGUGAUAUGAGAUUUUCAAUGAAUAUGAUCAAAUAAACUAUUUACAAUGAUUGUUUA